AUAUCCUCAAUGCCAUUUGUUUAUGGCUAGAAUCCACUAAUGAAUAUGUUUUUAGCUUCUAUCGCCACUCCCACAGAAUGUUCCUACAAAAUGCAAGUCAGAAGGACAUCAUUGAGCAGCUGCAAACCACGCAGGCCAUUCAGGACAUUCUGUCAAACUUCCAACUUCGUGCAUCCCUGGACAAUAAGUACGUGGUCUAUCUCCAGGAAGAUAGCUACAACUACCUUAUCCACUACCUCCAAAGCGAUAACAACACUUCCCUAUGCAAGGUGCUUGCUGUGCACACUCACCUGGACGUGCAGCCUGCCAAGAGGACAGACUACCAGCUGUAUGCCAGUGGUGGCUCCUCGCGCAGUGAGAGCAGCAGCCUGGAACCACCAGAUGUGCCCAACCCUACUCUGCAGAAUGAGGCUGCCCUGGAAGACUUGCAGGAAAGUAUCAAGCGAGUCAAGGAUGGACCUCCUUCCCUCACCACCAUCUGCUUCUAUGACUUCUAUAACACAGAGCAGCUGCUGAAUACGGCAGAGAUCUCCUCUGAUAACAAACUUCUGGCUGCUGGAUUUGAUAAUUCCUGCAUAAAGCUCUGGAGCUUGCGGUCCAAAAAGCUGAAAUCAGAGCCCAACCUUGUGGACACAUCUCAUAUCCGGCUAGCCUGUGACACUUUGGAGGAGGGGGAGAAUGAGGAAGACAGUACAGGCAUACAGAUGAAGAUCCUGUGAGGACACUGUGGCCCAGUAUACAGCACACGGUUCCUCACAGACAACUCGGGGCAGCUCUCUUGUUCUGAAGAUAUAUCCGUCAGGUACUGGUACCUGGUGAGCUUCACCAACACUGCUCUAUCAGAAACAUGCCUACCCUGUGUGGGACGUGGACAUCAGCCCCUGUAGCCUGUAUUUGGCAGUGGGUCCCAUGACCUUAUCAUCAGGCUGUGAUCCUUUGAUCGGACGUACCCACUGAGGAUAUAUUCAGGACACCUGACUGACGUGGACUGUGUCAAAUUCCAUCCCAACUCAAACUACUACAGGUUCCACUGACAAAACUGUCUGGCUGUGAAGUGCCCACCAGGGGAACUCAGUGCAGCUCUUCACAGGUGACCGAGGUCCCGUGCUCUCCCUUUCCUUCUCUCCCAACGGUAAGUACUUGGCAUCCACUGGUGAGGACCAGCGGUUAAAGCUGUGGGACUUGACCUCUGGAACACUAUUUUUUAAAGAACUGAGAGGCCACACAGACAGUAUCACCAGUCUGGCCUUUAGCACAGACAGUGGCCUGGUUGCCUCUGCCUCCAUGAACAACUUUGUGCAUGUGUCUGAAACAUCAGAAGCACAUCCUGCAAUAUGCCUGCUAAUGGCUCUUCAGGUGAACUUGUGGGCGUGUACCUUGAACAGAUGAGCAUCAUCCCGAGUGUACAGUUCAUGGCCUGCGAUGACUGGAAUCACACAAGAGAAUCAAGAACAUUAAGUUUUUAUUCAGGCAGCAGACUGGGUGGGGCUGGGACUGGUCACAGUCCAGGACUUGCUAAAACUGAACCAGUGAUUUCAAAAGAGCCCUCCCCUACCCUACACUUACCCAACACAGUCCUGGUGCAGAAGACUCCAGGUGAGAGCUGGACGCUCGGCUUGAGGCCUCCUGGCUGUGUGCAGGCGCCUUGCUUAGCGUCUGUCUCUCCCAUUGGGGUUACUGGAGCAGUUGCAGAACUCCCCUGUAGCAGCUGUAGACAGUGGCUCCUGUGGCUUCUCAAGGAAAAUGGGGCCAGGAGCUAGGAAAGGAAGGGAUGAUCUCACAGCCUUCAUUUCCAUAAUGAUAGAACCAAGACUUUUAUUAUUUAUUAUUAUUAUUAUCAUCAUCAUCAUCAUCAUUGAGAAGAGGAAACCUAGCACUGGCAGAGGUGUCUCUGCUUGUAUCUGCAGGUUUAACUCCUGGCACUGGCUGUGAUACUUGGAAUGUUGAGGUUCAGGGAACUCAGGCUUUGGUAGCCUCGUGUAUCAGGAAAAGGGGGCAGCAUAUAAUGUGCUUCUGCAAGCAGGCAGACAGCUGAGCUGAACAUGGGCUCCUGCACUGGAGGGAGGGAAGACUCUUUUAUUGCCUGCACUUCUGUCAGGACUUCUCUACCCUAGAGAGAAGUGCUGUAGUGGGCAGAGUGUGGACCUCAGCACUUGAAUUGGUUGUCCAAGGUUCCAUCCUUAGUUAGCAUCAUGAACAAAAUUAUGAUAAAGAGUAAUUUUGAAUAGGCCACCGGAUAGACUUCAGAAUACUGAUGACUGUUUAUUCUGGGAUGUGACUUUCUGAUGUCUUUCUUCCUCUGAUCUGCUUCCACCCUCACUGCAGUUCCAGUGCAGUGAACAGGAGCGAAUCAUGAGUGCACACUCACAAGUAUUAAACAUGCUCUAAGGACAGAGGACGUUCUGAUGGU